UGAAGAUGAUGUCAUUAUGCUUAAUUGAAGACUUCGAAGAUACAGUGUCAACAUGAGGUACACGCAUGCCAUCGUUGUUCGUAUCCCAAGUAAGGUAAAAAUGGAGAAAAAAAUAAAAACUGAUCUGGCAUUAGCUGAGAAGCAACGGGAAGAACUUUGCGAAAUACUUAGAGAAGCUGGUAUUGAUAUCAUUGAACUUUCAUCUGAAGAGCGUUGUGUACAACAAAGUUUGUUUGCCGGCGAUGCCGCCAUUUGUAUCAAUGGUACUGCCUUGAUCACUCGUCCAAGGAAAAGUGGAAGUCGUUUACUUGAGAUCAGCAACUUGCUUAAUCAACUUGCCUGGCAGGUUGUAGAAACACCACAAGCUUCUGAACAUAAUAGAGAAAUUGUGCUUGAGGGCAGCGAUGUGCUAUACACUGGUAAAGAGGUGUUUGUUGGUAUACGAAAGAAUGGUACUAACAUGGAAGGAGCAUUGGUUGUUGCACGAACAUUUUCUGACUUAGCUGUAAUACCAAUUACACUUCCCGGAAGUCAUUCUUUAAGGCAUCACAUUUCACUUAUUUCGGCCGAUGUCCUUGCAGUAGGCAGUUCCAAAGAAGCGAAACAAGUUAUACAACGGAUGGAGCGCGAGGCAACUUUUCGAUACAAAACUCUUACAGUGAAGCAUGAUGAAGCUGUGAAUUGUUUAAAUGUCAAUGAUUACGUUAUUUAUCGACAAGACACUCCAGAAACGAAAUUUCAAAUUCUUCAUGAACCGAUCCACAUGGCUGGAAUAACGGCAGGUGAACUGGCAAAAAUUGGCAGUCCUAUUUCACGUUUUGUUCUACUCACUAUGAAAAUGAAAACAUUGAAAUCUCUUUGGUGACUAUUUUCUAGUUUGAUUGAUGUCUU